AGCUACGGCUGUGACACAAACGCAGAGAUCAAACACUCUCUGAGCCUCGGCCUGCGCAGCUACACUGCAAGAGAGAGGGGUCCCUGCCAUUAGAGUCACUGCUCGUGCUCUGCCUUAGCGCCCUUGCCGAGGAGGAGGAGAGGGGAUCAUCAGGAAGGCAUCCCCGUCGUCGCCAUGGCUCUGCUCACCGACCUCGUCAACCUCGACCUCUCGGACUGCACCGAGAAGAUCAUCGCAGAGUACAUCUGGGUUGGCGGUUCUGGGAUGGAUGUGAGGAGCAAAGCCAGGACACUGUCCGGACCUGUGGAUGACCCUAGCAAGCUUCCGAAAUGGAAUUUCGACGGCUCCAGCACCGGCCAAGCUACGGGUGACGACAGUGAAGUCAUCCUUCGUCCUCAAGCCAUCUUCAGGGACCCAUUCAGGAAGGGGAAGAACAUACUGGUUAUGUGCGACUGCUAUGCGCCGAACGGAGAGCCGAUUCCGACCAACAAGCGGCACGGGGCGGCGAAGAUCUUCAGCCACCCUGAUGUUAAGGCUGAAGAACCAUGGUUUGGGAUUGAGCAAGAGUACACGCUUCUUCAGAAGGACACCAACUGGCCUCUUGGCUGGCCAUUAGGCGGCUACCCUGGCCCUCAGGGACCUUACUACUGCGCCGCCGGAGCGGACAAGUCGUACGGGCGGGACAUCGUGGACGCGCACUACAAGGCCUGCCUCUACGCCGGCAUCGACAUCAGCGGGAUCAACGGGGAGGUCAUGCCAGGACAGUGGGAAUUCCAGGUUGGCCCCGCCGUCGGCAUCUCCGCCGGCGACCAGAUCUGGGUGGCUCGCUACAUUCUUGAGAGGAUCACCGAGAUCGCCGGUGUGGUCGUCUCCUUCGAUCCCAAGCCGAUUCCGGGAGAUUGGAAUGGUGCUGGUGCUCACACCAACUACAGCACCAAGUCGAUGAGGAGCGACGGCGGGUACGAGGUGAUCAAGAAGGCGAUCCAGAAGCUGGGCCUCCGCCACCGGGAGCACAUCGCCGCGUACGGCGACGGCAACGAGCGCCGCCUCACCGGCCGCCACGAGACCGCCGACAUCAACACCUUCAUCUGGGGUGUUGCCAACCGCGGCGCGUCGGUGCGGGUCGGCCGCGACACCGAGAAGGAAGGCAAAGGCUACUUCGAGGACCGGAGGCCGGCGUCCAACAUGGACCCGUACGUGGUGACCUCGCUGAUCGCGGAGACCACCCUCCUGUGGAACCCCAGCCACUCCAACGGCAACGGCGUCGCGGCUCCCUGAUGAUUCCGCGAUCCUGCGGAGGAGCCACGGGUUUCUUCGUACCCGAGUCUCUGCGUCUGCGUGUGUGUGAGCCGCGCGGCUGCGGAGAUGACGAUUGAGACUGACGCUGUCAGACAUCUUCAGAUAAUAACAAUAAUAAAUUGCCGUGUGCUCGUUCUCGUUGUGUGUU